AUGUAUCAUUAUGAACGCAAUCAUCUUCCAAAGAUCGUCCGCAAUUUUACUCUUAUCGUUUGCAUUUCGCUCGUCCUAUUGUAUGCUUCGAGUAAAUUACUGAAUACUAAAACUUCAACCUUCGAUCUACUUACUUCGGAACCACUGAAUCCAUUUGUUUGUUCUCUUCGUGGAGAACGAUGGAUUGUGAUCACUACAAUAUUUUAUCCAACUUUGGCUAUUCACAAGUUUCUCAAUCUCAGUAUCCAAUGGAAUCUCGUUAUUGUCGCUGAUCGAAAAACUCCAACUGAUUGGAUGUCUCGUCUGCAUCGUAGUGAUCAGUCUCGUGUUCUCUUCUUAUCUCUCGACGAACAACGAUCACUUGGCUAUUCGAUUCUCCAGUAUGUACCCGAAGGUUCGUAUGCUCGAAAGAACAUUGGUUAUCUCGUUGCCAUUGCCUGUGGAGCGAAGAUUAUCUUCGAAUCUGAUGAUGACAACGUACUCGAAACCAACGAUAUUCGUGUUCUGCCGAAAGAAGCGAGUCCAAACGAUGUACCUUGGGUGUCUUUUCAUCGACAACGAUCGCCUUUCGUCAACAUCUAUGGUUCAUUUGGUCAGCCACACAUCUGGCCAAGAGGAUUUCCUGUCGACGAACUCAGAAACGUCACUGAAGACGGAUGGCAUUCUGUCAGAAGAAAUCGGGACAAAAUAACCAACACUUAUAUUCAACAAUAUCUUGCUGAUCUUGAUCCUGAUGUCGACGCCUUGUAUCGUUUAACGCAUCCACUGUCGAUUGGUCGAAUUCAGUUCGAUCCACAACAGCCUCCAGUCGCUAUCCAACCAUUCACAUUCUCGCCAUACAACACUCAGAACACAGUUACACACUACGAAGCGUUUUGGGGACUUUAUUUGCCUGUAACAACUACAUUUCGAGUGUGCGACAUCUGGCGAGGCUUUUGGGUACAACGUCUACUAUGGGAUAUCGAUGGUCGUCUUGUAUUUUCCACAGCUACCGUGAAACAAGUGAGAAAUGCUCAUUCAUACAUUAAAGACAUGGAUGAUGAAUCUCAGCUGUACCAUCAAUCAGGCUCGUUCGUUCGUUUCUUGGCUUCGUGGUCAUCGUCAUUGCCCACGCUUGUCGAGAGAAUCGCUCAACUAGCAAUCGAUAUCGCUCACGGUGGCUUCUGGCACGUUCGAGAAGUCGACAUAAUGAAGGCGUGGCUUCAUGAUCUUCAAUCUGUUGGAUAUGUUUUUCCAUCAAUCGUUUCUCCAGCAACUCGUAGCACGACGUUAGAAAAGCGUGCAGUUGUAUGCAUCACAGGCUAUACAAAGUGUGCAUACACGUGGAACUCUAUUGAUUUCACAAUCCGACAACGUUUGAAAGGCGAUAUCGACACUAUAUUGUUUCUUUCUUCGUCUUUUAUACCAAACUCCGUGCCAUUUAUUGGUCGACGCACAUCGUCGCAUGCUCAUCUCAAUGUCACAAUGGCUGUUUUUUAUGAGGAUAGAGUCAUCGAUCCAAGGAUUCCUGAUGAUUGUCAUAUUCACUUUCAUCUACCUAACAACACUUCUGAUCACAUUCGCAACUACUUGCAACAGCUAUGGUCUGCGAAACAAUGUUACAAUCUCGUCAAAGACUAUGAAAGACGCUUCAAUCUUCGGUAUCAGCUACUUGUGCAUACUCAUAUCAAUACUCUUACUCGAAUGCCUGCAGACACAUCGCGUGUGAACAGAACGGUGAUAUUGUCAUCUGUUCGCUACAAUCCACACUAUGACGAUGGUUUCACUCUAGGACCGUUAAACAUGAUGAAACAUUACAUGACACGAUGGGAUGUUCUUCGGCAUUGUCCAUCUGAUAACAACCACCGCCCAGAUAUGUUUCGAUUGAAGCACUUGAGCCGAUUUACUAAUUUUACUGUGGAUGUGCAGUCGAAUGCACAUGAUAAUGUGGCAAAAGACAAAGCGAACUAUUGCUGA